AUAAAAUCCACUUAAAUGUUGCAGCAUUUGGAAUUUCGAAUCCAUCGCAAGCUGCUCCUUUCCCGUUAUCACACGAAUCGCCAUUUCUUCUCUGACACUGCAAAUUCCAACGAAGCUUCUCUUCUCCUUUGGUAUCAAUCUUCACUGGAAAAACUUACUUCUUUCGGGUUUCUUUGAAACAACAUAUUCGUGGCUGGUGGAAGAAAUGGGAAAAUUUUAUCGUAAGUGGCUAGAAAGCUCACCUAAAUGCGUCGUCGAGGCUGCCACAACUACAUGUUAAUGGAGAAUUCAUCGACAACACUUGGCACACAUGGCCUAAUAAGGAAGCAUGAGUUUGUAAGAGUGAUAAUUCAAUGCUUAGAUUCAUUAGGCUACAGAAAAUCUGCAUCAUUUUUGGAAUCAGAGUCCGGUAUUUCGUACAAAUCCUUGGAUUUUGAAAUGCUCAAAUCACAGAUACUCUGUGGGAAUUGGGAUGGUUGCACUGAUACCCUUAAUGAAAUUAAGGUGAAGGAUGAAAUAAGAGCUUCUGCUUUGUUUAUUGUGUUCGAACAGUGCUUAUUGGAGUGCUUGAAUCACGGGAAUGAUGCCAUGGCUUUGGCCAUUUUAAGAAAAGUGGUUUCUGCAUUAAGGUUGGGCAAAGACAAGGCUCACAGCCUUGCUCAGAGUAUCCUUUCUUUGAGGGAUACAGAGUUUGGUAAAAUGGAUGAUAAUAUUGUUCAGGAAUCGAGAAAGAAGUUGUUGGUGGAGUUGGAAAAAUUGCUUCCUCCACCAAUUAUGCUGCCUGAAAGGAGGCUGGAACAUCUGGUUGAAACUGCCGUUUCAGCCCAAAUUGAUUCAUGUAUGUACCACAAUACGUUGGGAGCAGUUUCAAUUUAUGAGGAUCAUUGCUGUGGCAGGGAUCAGAUCCCCACUGAGACUAUUCAGAUUUUGACUGACCAUAAGAAUGAAGUUUGGUUCGUACAAUUUUCUAAUAAUGGGGAGUACUUAGCUUCUUCAUCAAGUGAUUGCACAGCCAUUAUAUGGAAGGUUCUGGAAGAAGGUAAGUUGAUGUUGCAGCAUACACUACGAAGCCACCAAAAUCCUGUAUCUUUUGUAGCAUGGAGCCCCGAUGACACAAAGUUGCUCACAUGUGGUAAUGCGGAAGUCCUUAAACUAUGGGACGUAGAAACAGGUACAUGCAGGCACACAUUCAGGGAUCAUGGCUUCAUUGUUAGCUCAUGCGCUUGGUUUCCGGACUCAAAGCGACUCGUAUGUGGCAGUUCUGACCCUGAGAAAGGCAUCCGCAUGUGGGAUUGUCAUGGGAAUGAGAUAAAAGCAUGGAGGGGGAUGAGGAUGCCCAAGAUUCUAGACCUGGCAGUGACGCCAGAUGGGGAAAAUCUGAUCAGCAUAUUCUUAGAUAAAGAGCUUCGGAUAUUAAAUAUAGUGACAAAUUCCGAGCGGGUCAUAUCAGAGAAGCACCCGAUUACGUCCCUAUCAAUUUCAGGGGAUGGCAAGUUUUUUAUAGUGAACCUUAAUAGCCAAGAGAUUCACAUGUGGGAUGUUGCUGGAAAAUGGGAUAUGCCAUUGAAGUAUAUGGGCCACAAGCAAGACCAGUAUGUGAUACGGUCGUGCUUUGGGGGGUUGAAUAGCGCAUUUAUAGCCAGUGGUAGCGAGAAUUCACAGGUCUACAUCUGGAAUCGGCACAACCCUAAACCGAUUGAGAUUUUGUCUGGCCAUUCAAAGACUGUGAACUGUGUGAGCUGGAAUCCUAAGAGACCCCAAAUGUUGGCAUCUGCAAGUGAUGAUAAUACAAUCCGUAUAUGGGGACCUGGUCCCUCCAAGAAGAUGCAGAUGCAGCCUGAAAAGCUCAAAUGAGCAGACUUGAGUUAUUCAAAUUUUUUGACCCAGUGUUUAGAGCUUAUGUUUUUUUCAAUUGUUUAUUUAUUCAUGAGUUUGUAAUAAUUUGUGGUCUAUACAUGUCCACUUGUAAAUUCAGUUUAUUUUAGCCUUCCUUUCUACAUUUGCUAUUGGAUUUAUCUUAGGCUAAGACACCAAAUUUGUACAUAUGAACAUGGCAGAAACUUUGAGGUCACAUUUCUUACAGGUUUUCUCAGUGGUGUUAAUAAUGGAUAAACUCGACUCAGUUGAAUCUA